CCCAUAUUUCGUGUGUUUGUUGGAUGACGGACGAGUGGACGCGUCUGCCGUGGAUGUGUUUCCCUUAGCGCAAGUGGUUAACAAUAGUUUAAUAUCGGACUCGAGAAAUAAACCGUAGCUAGGAUGUCGUCAAGUACAAAGCCAUCACUGAGUAACUUAAAACAAUUUCGCCUGGACAAAGACGCCAGUGAACAGAGUUUAGGUAUGAUUCCAGGCCGUAAAAGAUUGCAAGCUAUACAGGACAGUGACAGUGAAAAUGAACCCCAGUCGCCCGGAAACAAAAAAGCGAAAUUUGAACUUUCAAAGGAUGAAAAGGAAAGGCGUUUCUUGUCAGCAUCUAAGAUAGCUCCAAGUGUGGAUCCGAUGAUUCUGCAAGACACCUUACUAAAAUUCAACUGGGACGUAUCCAGAGCCAUUCGCGAUUUAAAAGAAAGACACAUAAUUAAAAACAAAGGCAGCCUACCAGUGACCAUUAGUAGCAUAAAAUCAGAAUCCAAUCAUAAGAAUUCCACGACAAUGACUACACAGCCACAGCAACCGCAACCACACGCCAACGGAAAUCACAGUUUAGCAAAGAAGAAAUCAUCAGAAUUUUCCGAUGCAGACUGUGAUGAUGUCGAUGAUGCUCCAAUGGAGACUUGUGAUCACCCAGUAUACGACAGUGAUGAGGACAGUGACGACUAUGACGUUCCGGAAGAGGUGUGGGGCCAAAGAAAGUCUGUUUUAGACUUUCUCAAUUCAGCAACUCAAAAUGAGUUGAUGUCGGUGAAGUCGUGUUCGGAGAAGAAGAUCGCUGCAAUCUUAGAAUCUCGUCCGUUUUCCGACUGGAAUGAACUCAGGGAGAAAUUCGAAACCAACAAGGCUCUAUCUCCUGAUAUAUUGAAUAAUUGUCAGGAUUUACUAGUAAAACGCGCGAAUGUUGCGAAAAUUAUGAAUCGUUGUAAUAAAAUGGUUAAACGUCUCGAAACAGCUAUUGCAGUUGGGGGAAGUGGCGUAACGGAGCAGCCUUCAAUUUUGAGUACGAGCUUAAAACUUGCCGAUUAUCAAAUGGUUGGCCUCAACUGGCUUAUUAUUAUGCACCAAGAAAAAAUGAAUGGAAUUCUGGCGGAUGAAAUGGGAUUAGGGAAAACUGUUCAAGUUAUCGCAUUCUUAUCGUAUCUCAAAGAGCAUAAUCUAUCGAAAGGUUGUCAUUUGAUCGUCGUCCCAUCCUCAACCCUUGACAAUUGGGACAGUGAGUUUGCCAGAUGGAGUCCGAAGUUGGUGGUCGAAAAGUAUUAUGGAAACCAGGAUGAACGUCGUGUUUUAAGAGCGAAAUAUGCCAAGCAGGGAUUUAAGGACAUCGAUGUACUCUUAACCACAUACCACACCAUGGGAUCAACACCCGAAGAAAGGAAAAUGUUCCGCGUCACUAAGUUACAUUAUGUUGUUUUUGAUGAGGCUCACAUGCUUAAAAAUAUGACCACCCAACGCUAUUCGCAAUUAAGUACAAUAAACGCCGAAAUGAGGAUCUUGCUUACGGGGACCCCGUUGCAGAACAAUUUGCUAGAACUGAUGUCGCUUUUGUGUUUCGUUAUGCCUUCGUUCUUCGCUAGGAACACGGAGGAUAUCAGAAGUUUGUUUCAAAAGAAAAAAAUUGCAGAGGAUGCAUCGUCAUUCGAGCAAACGCAAAUCGACCAAGCCAAACGCAUUAUGAAGCCGUUCGUGCUUCGUCGUCUCAAGCGGGAUGUGCUCCAAUGCCUCCCGAAGAAAACUGAACACAUUGUCAAAGUACCUAUGUCGUCCGACCAAAAAGAACACUACAAAUCGUUAGUAGAGUAUUAUUCUAAUUGUAAGGGUGUGAUAAAGGGAACGAGUGAAUGUGCUGGUGUUACGAUUAUGAUGGACAUGCGGAAGCUGGCCAAUCAUCCGCUGCUCAUGAGGUACUACUACACCGAUGAGGAUGUUGAAAAACUCGCGAAAAAACUAAUGCGAUGUCCGACAUAUAAGGGUGAUAAUCCGCAGCAUAUUUUCGAGGAUUUAGCUUAUCUCUCGGAUUUUCAAAUAUCUGAGAUAAUCGAGAAGCACGAUAUUCCAGACAUGGAUCUGCCAGACGAAACAAUCCUUAAUUCAGGAAAAUUCCAGCAGCUAGACAAAAUGUUACCGAAACUUAAGAAAGAGGGACACCGCAUCCUCAUCUUUAGUCAAUUCACAAUGAUGCUUGACAUCCUUGAACGUUACUUAACUAUUCGUGACUAUGGUUACGUACGAUUGGACGGCUCGACCGUGGUCACCGAGCGUCAGGAACUGAUAGAUAGAUUCAAUGAAGAUCCUGAAAUUUUCGUAUUUCUCCUUUCCACAAAAGCCGGCGGUAUGGGCAUCAAUCUGACCGCAGCUGACACUGCAAUCAUCCACGACAUCGAUUUCAAUCCGUACAAUGACAAACAAGCUGAAGAUCGAUGUCAUCGAAUGGGUCAAACAAAGCCAGUGGACAUUUAUCGUUUGAUAUCGGAAGGAACGAUUGAGGAGGGCAUGCUAAUGGUUGCUCAGGAAAAAUUGAAGUUAGAAAUGGAAAUCACAUCGGAAAAUGAUAACGCGAAGGAGCACAAGUGUAUGGUUCGUUUACUGACAAUGGCCUUGGGGAUGGAUGACAAGUCGGCGGAGUCUUUGCUGUCGGAAAAUACUCAAGGAGAUUUUUAAAGUUAAGUGUAACUCGUCAGAUAAUUUAUCGUUAAUUUAAUUGUAACUGCAGAAGAUAUAUUUCCAUAAAUGAUAAUGUUUGUUUAAAUGAUGGACGUUUCGAUGAGAAAGACUUUAAAUAAAAUGAGAACAUUUGAUUAUA